GGUACUUGUGAGAUGACUUUGUCAUUUAUUGCCAAAGUUACUCAUCCAUCCCUCCAAGAGACUUUCCCAAAGAGACUAAAUCACAGUGCCUUACAUCAGAGAUCAGUUUCACAUGAAAAUGGAAGUGAGGGGAGCAAGUGGUAUGUUGGGUCACAAUGUAUACUGCAAGAAAGUGCACACCAGAUGUGCUUUCAUGUAGACUGGUACCACCAUCCAGCACAGAGGAAUUGGGCACUCAGAACAUUGGCAGACAGUACCUGUACACCUUGGGAGACAGCUACAGCAGGAGAUUUCAUGAACCCUUUGCUCUACCCAACAACGCAACAGACAGAAAUGGGAGAGAGUGCUGGAAAGGACAUAACUACUGUAAUUAUUCCAUGCAGUAAUGCUUUAUGUGGGUAGUGUCAAGAAAGACAUUUGACCACUAGCAGCUCCUGCAAAAUUUACCAGUGAAUUACAAAGUGGUGUCCUAUAGCCUUUUGACUU